CCGCCCUAGGCUGUAUUUGAAGAAGAACUAUCAGAAGAAAAUCGGUUUUUCUUAGAAAUAGUGCCGGUAAGCAAAUGGAUGGAUUAAGUAAUUCAGCUUUGAAUACUAGAGAACGAACUCCUUAUUCUUGCAGCUAUCGUAUUUGUUUCAAACUUAAGUGAUAAUAUGUCAGGACUUAUAUCUAGUACAUAUUUAGCUGAUGUGAAAUGGGAGGAUGAAGAAUAUUACCUGCAAGACUUUGCCCAGAAAUUCUCCUUGCCUCAAGUUGCUAAGGUAACAAAAGGCCAGUACUUGAGUUUGGGCGUACCCAGUUUGUCUUGUUCCUCUCUUAAUCAAAUUGUGUUACUAGCUCAAACAGGAAAACAAAUUAAAGUUGCCGCUCAGUGUGUUAAAUUCAAAGAUGGAAACCGUGUUAUUCCUAUUGGAACAAAGCUGGCUAUCCCUGAUACUUAUGACGGAUGGUUCGAAAUAUUGUCCGAAGAUGGACGUGCUGUUCGAAGUAUCGAAAGUGUUGCGGAACUAUUGAAGAGGUUUCCAGAAACAUGUCUUGUGCGAGAAAAUAUUAAAGCACAUUUAGCCAAAACUGAUGAUGCUGAAAUAAUGUCUGAUAAAACAAGAAUAGUAAAUUCAGGGGAAACUUUAGUUCUUGUUAGUGAAGUGUAUGUAACGCCAGUAAGAUCAAAAUCUUCCGGGCGGUACUUGCGCUGCUUCACGACUAAAGGUGAAACUAUUUUUCUCAGUGCAGACCAGAAAGGCAAAUUUAGUCCAAUUGCAGGAGAAGAUAACAUAUCUGGCGUGCAUACAAUAAAAAAUCUUUUAUCUAAAAGGUUUCCUUUAAUGGUUCGACUUGUCCAUGGGAAACCACCCUCAGGCAUAAAGAAUAAUUCUCAUUUCGUAACAGAAAUGAGGUUAUAUUCUCUUUUUGAAGAAGAGAGUAUCUUGGCCCUUCCUCUGUUUAAAGAUUCUCCUGUUGUUGCUCUUCCACCUUCAGCACCGCUGAAGGUCCAAGCUCCCAGAAAUCCGGAAAUUUUGAUGAAGCUUAAAAUAUACGAUAUUCUGGUGGAGAAGUGCAAGAGCAUAAUGCAAGAUGUUUCAAAUAAAAUUCAAGUUUUCGAUAUUUCUCUUUCAAAAGAGCUUAGAGCAGAAAAAUCACACUCAAAGCAGCGACUGAAGAACUUUCCUGUAAAUCAUCGCGUUCAGCGUAGUGUUUCUGAUCCGAAUUCAAAAUACAAUGAUAAUGCUAUGCCAGUAGCUCUUGCUAAUGAAACUCCAAAAGAAAUUAAACCGGACACUGUCGAUGAUAAUUACGAUGAAAUUGACCAAAUUUACGAUUACGUUCGAGGAUUUGCUCCACUUCCUUCAAAGACAGUGGAUAACGUAAAUGGUGAUAUUAACGGAAACAUUGAACAUUCAGCGAAUUCUACUACAACCCCAUCUUCUUCACCUAUAACAACAGAUUCUACAGACACUUCUGAAAUUCCAGAAGAAAAGCCUGAACCACCACCAGUGGAAACUAUUCCUGUACGAAGACUGUCUAAGGAUGAUAUUUCAAGCACACCGGUAGAUCUUAAUAACAAAGUUUCGACUAAAUCUAAUGAGCAGUCGAAAGACACGGACCUUGUAGAAGGCCAUAUUUAUGAAACAGUUGGUGCGAAGAACUAUUCUUCUAAAAAUAGCUCAGAAACACCAGCAAAAACGAACUCUACUGAUAAACUCUUUAUCCCUCAUCACAAUAACCAUUGCGUAAAAAAAAUCUUAAUGAAAAGUCCAGCUCAGCAUAGAAUUCAGCAUAAAUCUCGAUUCUUCAAACACUUGAAAAGUUCUGCAUCAAAAGAAGUGCCUAUACAAAAAAUUGGUCCCCGCCAUCGGACAACUCGUAGCAAAUCAUUAACUACGUCGCCAUUAUUUAAUAUACGUUACAAAUCGCUUAUAAAUUUAGCUAUUGAUUUUGACACACUCGAUUCCAGCAAUUCAGGAGAUAAAAUUUCUUUUAGUUCUGGAAAUUCGAAACAUAAAAAAGGCGAGAAAAGGAAUAGGCUACAGAGACCAAAGUCCUUAACCGAUAUUUUUGCUACCGUUAAUCAAGUAGAAAAUUUUCGUAAGCACAGAAACGGCGAAAACAUAUUUAGCGACGUUGAAAAUAGAAAACUUAAUUUUACUUUAGAAUCAUUGAACAAUAAAUCAUUGAAUGGACAUCAUAACAAAAAAAUAGGGACUUUGUACCUUUGACAACUGCUUUUGUAACAAAGGCGCUCCACUAAGAAAACAUGUCGAUAAUGCUAAAAUUCAUAUUUUCUAAACUAAAUAUUUGUAUAGUUAUUAAUGAUCACAUAUUUCUAGAAUUUCUCAUGUAUUUAUGUAUUUUUGAGAAAUGUAACUGCGAAAAUGUUUUCCGUUAUUUGAAGCAAAUUAAGCAAACAAAAUUUUCUUUACAACCCGAAAAUAUUAAUUAGUCAUCGAUACAUUCUUAGUGCGACUAUUAAGAACAAGUUUUACAUUAACGAAAUUUUAGACAUUUUGGGUCUUAAAGCAUUAAUCGCAGCUGCUGUUCUCAAAAAAAAAAAAAAAAAAAAAAAAAAAAAAGUUUUGUGAUAAUUUUAAAAAUUAAGUAUAAUGCUUUUAACAUGGUUUUAUGCUUUUCGAAUAAAACUACAUUUGAGAAAAUUAGGUGUGCCUAACCUACAUAUAAGGAAACGUAAUUUUGUUUUGUUAAAUUUUGAAAUAAAUGUUCAUUGACAUAU